GGCGUCAAUUCUGGGGAUACAUGCGAGAACGAGGGCGCGCGUCUGGCAGCCACAGUGGGCAGAUCUUCCUCUGCUCGCACAGCAUCAGAAGAAGAGCGCAGAAACGUUACGGUGGACAGGUGAAGAUGGAGAAAGUAUUAGGACUCGCCGUAGUGUCCAGUAUGUUAUGUGUCGGCUCGGUGUUGGGGAAAUACGUCAAAGGAAUCGUCAACACAAAAGAGGACUGGGUUUUCCUCACAAGGUUUUGCUUCCUGACCGAUUUUGGCCGACUGAACUUUAGAUUCCGAUACCCCAAGUCCCGAUGCUGUCAGAACAUAUUGCUCUACUUUGAUGAAAGCUCUCAGUGGCCAGCUGUGUACAAGAGGCCGGACAAGGAUUGCUACCAGAAAGAGUCAGUACUGAGGCCUGAAAAUAACCAGGUCAUCAACCUGACCACCCGCUACACUUGGUCUGGAUGUAUGGUGGAAGGCGAAGGUAAUGAAGAGAUGCUGAGCUGUGUAGGAGGUCGAAGUUUUCGUUCUGUCAGAGAGAGAUGGUGGUACAUCGCGCUCAGCAAGUGCGGGGGAGAUGGACUGCAGCUGGAAUAUGAAAUGACAUUAACCAAUGGACAGUCCUUCUGGACCCAGCAUUUUUCUGCGGAUGAAUUUGGCAUCCUGGAGACAGACAUCACGUUCUUGGUUAUAUUUGCCACCGUGUUUACACUGUCUUGUUAUUUUGCUUAUAAUUUAAAGGCAAGGCAGCUGCUCCAUACGACCUAUAAGAUGUUUAUGACUGCGGCUGGAGUGGAGGUAUUAAGCCUGCUCUUCUUCUGCAUUUACUGGGGUCUUUAUGCUAGGGAUGGCGUCGGGAAUGGCAGUCUCAAGAUAUUAGGGAAAUUACUCUUCUCUGUGAGCUUCCUGAUUUUCCUGCUCAUGCUGAUCCUCCUGGGAAAAGGAUUCACAGUCACCAGGGCAAGAAUAAGUCACAGUGGCUCUGUAAAACUGUCCAUUUAUAUGACAGUGUACACCAUCACCUACAUCAUACUCUUCAUAUAUGAAGCAGAGUUCUUUGAUCCAGGCGAGGUGCUGUAUGCUUAUGACAGCCCUGCAGGGUACGGUCUAAUGGGUCUGCAGCUGCUGGCGUAUGUCUGGUUCUGCUAUGCUGUGCUGGUGUCCCUCAAACACUACCCUGAAAAACAGCCUUUCUACAUCCCCUUCUUCACGGCGUACACUCUUUGGUUUUUUGCUGUGCCAGUCAUGGCUCUAAUUGCCAACUUUGGCAUCUCUCGCUGGGCCAGGGAAAAGAUAGUGAACGGAAUCCAACUUGGCAUUCAUCUCUAUGCUCAUGUCGUCUUCCUGGCCAUUACACGACCUUCAGCAGCAAAUAAAAACUUCCCCUACCAUGUGCGUACAUCACAGAUAGGAAUUCUUCUCUCCAGUCCUAAAGGCAUGGGGGCAGAAAACUUCCCUCAUCAUGCUUAUGGGAAUAGCUCCUUCCUGGGAGACUCUCAGCCAAACUUCACAGAGCUCUUCUCCAUCCACUCAGACCCUGUGAAGACAAUAGAUGAGGCGGUGACUCGGAAGGGACAGGAAGUGCCAAAAAACAGCGAGCAGAAGAUCAUCACCACAACCGCAGACCUGUCAUCUACAUUCUCCUCUCUACCUCCACCAAUACCACCACGCAGCUCUGCGCACUCUCCUCCUCCUCCUCCUAGAUUAACGUCCCACUUCACCGAGUAUUUUAGUAUGCAAGGGGCCACAGGGAUGGGUUCCAAUGCCUAGAGCGGCCCGUGGAGGAACAGGACAUGCGGAAACUACUUUCAAACAUCUGCAAGGUGGAAAAGAGUUCAAUAUUUCAAUAGAUUAUAUGAAGGCAAGCGUGAAAAAGUGGAGCCAUUUAAAAAAAAAAGUUACCAAAACAUCUGUAUUGUUGAAUUCGUAAUAAGACACGAGAGCUGCAGGACGUGGAGAGAGUGGGAUGUAACCUGCUCCUAAAAAAUAAGAAGCAAUAAAUAUUUCAGCGACAGGAGAGAGAUAAUAUACAGCCGGUGCAAUAGAGUGACAGGAGACCAGUAUAGAUACUUCAAUCUUAAUGUGAAAGUAGGAUAGCGAUGUGUACAGUAAAAGUACAGUGAGCUCAACAUAUUUUUUAAUGCUUUGUUCAUUUUUAAGUGGUGCCGUUAAUAUUUGUAUUGCCAUGCCAUUUUAAUGCAACAGAACCAAGUAUUCAUCUCCCUCACGUUUUUAUGUUUAUGAGAUUUAAUUUACUAUAAUUGUCUGUACAGUAGAGAUAAUUUAGUUUUUGUUAUAUUUUUAUUCCCAUUCACAGUGAAAACAGUUAGAGACUGAUGUUAAACUGGAAGUACUAGGCAGUAUUUGUAAACCAUGCAUGUUUGUGCUUUGUCUACAUUCCGAUAUAUUCAAUGUAAUUUUGGGUGUGUCUAGUUCUCCCAACUAGCAUUCUAAUUUUGUAUGCAGUAAACACUGUUUAUAGCUACAGCACUGUAUGUAGACGAUAUUUAACUCAAGCGGAUGAUGAACGAAGACUUGACAUGCCGUUCUUUCUGUAUUUUUCAUUCCAUAAUAGAGGUUUAGUUGGGAAAAUGCAGAGCAGGGGUGUGUGGAGUACAAAAACUCAUUUAACAGUUGAGUUGAGAUUCAAUUUCAGCAGACUUUGUUACAUAUUUGUACACUUAAUAACACUCACAGUGGAUAUGGAAAUCUUUUAUUCUGUCAGCGAGUAGAAAUCGCCUUAUUCAGUCCACUGGGGUUGUCGUAGAGUUUGUCGUAGGGUUUGUUUACUUGAGUGUCUGAUGAAAUUAUAGCUCUGCUCUUACAGAAACACUUUGUAUUGACUGCAUGGAGCACUUUAUAGUUUAUAAGCCCUUAUUAUCAUUGGAGACCCUUGAAAAUGUAACCAUAAUGCAAUACAGUGAUUUACAGUACAGAUAAAAUGUAAAGAUUUUGUCUGUGAAAUUCACUGCUUUUCUUUUCUUUUUUUUUCAAUAACCAGUUGUAGUUCACAUUUGUUAUAUAUAAACAUAUCCUAUAUAAUCUUGAUUGACCUGCUUUAAAUAUAAUCCUAUAUGUAAUGUACAUAAUGACAUUUAUAUUCAAAAGUUACUGUUUUUUUUUUUAAUGAGAAGAACCAUACUUGAAGAAUCAUCAAAGCUAAGUUCCCAUUUUUUGUAUUGACAGCUUUGGUCAUUAAGUCACUGGAUAUUAGAAAUGCUGAACUUGAUCUGUCUGGAAGCCACCAGAAAAGGCUUUGCCAUGGUUUUUCCAUCUCUUAAAAGGAUAGUUCACACAAAAAUGAAACUUCUCUCAUCGUUUACUCAUCCUCCACUUGCUACAAAAUUGUUGGAGUUCCUUUGUUGAACACAAAGGAAGAUAUACUGAAAACUGCUGGAAAAAAAAAAUUGUUGAUUUUCUUUUUUGUUACCACAACCCCUGGCAAGAAGUAUGGAAUUGCCACUCUUGGAAGAUGUUCAUUAAAGUUAAUGGUGAAGAAAAAAAAGCAAACGUGUACAUGCCACAAAACUAUUUUCAUUCAACAAUCCAACCUUCUGGCUGUAUGAAACACUUGAAAAAAGUACAGAAAGAACACUAUAGUCAAUUACAACUGUUUUCACAGAUCAAAUAGAGGAAAAAAACAUGGAAUCACACAAAUCUGAGAAAAAUUAUAUGGAAUCGCCACGUACUUAGCAGUUUGAAAACAAAUAACUGUAUCUGAUUACAACUAAUUGGUCUGCAGUUAAAAAAAAAGAGUGCUUGUACACCUUUGUGAGGUGUUGAACCAAGCUGAUUGACAUAACUCAUGGCUCCAAUACUAGAUAGGUCAGAUGAAAUAAAGGAGAGGAUUAUCAAACUUCUCAAAGAAGUUAAAUCCUUGUAGAAGGUUGUAGAAGUGCAGCGUGCUGGUAGACCAAGGAAGACGUCAAAGUGUCAAGAAAGAAAAACAAUAUGCCAUUAAAACAGAAAAUGAGCAAAUGAGGAACAAAUGGGCAGAAAGUGGAGUUAAUGUCUGGGAUCAGACUGUAAGAAAUUGCCUAAAAGCGAAAACUAUCAUUACCAUCUAAACAGAAAAGAACAAGAUUUCAGUGGACUAAAGAAAGACAGUCUUGAACUGUUGAUGACUGGAUAUGAGUGAUAUUCAGUGAUAAAUCACGAAACUGCAUUAGGCAGGGUGAUGAUGUUGAAACUUUUGUUUGGUGCCCUUCCAAUGAAGUUUAUGAAGACAAACCCCUGAAGAAAACAAGCAAAUUGUCACAAUCAUUAAUGAUACGGAUUUGUAUGUCAGGAAGGUUGGAUCGUUGAAUGAAACUAGUUUUGUGGCAUGUAUGUGUUCGCUUUUUCUUCUACACAAUUAAACAUUUGAAUGAACAUCUUCCAAGAGGGCCCAUUCCAUACUUUUUGCCAAGGGUUGGAUAUGGAUGUCGAUGCAGUUUCAGAGUAUCUUGUUUUGUGUUCAGCAGAAGAAAGAAGUUUGUAAAAGUUUAGAACCAUUCAGUCUGAGUAAAUGAUAAUUAGCUUUCUUGGUGUGGUCUAUCCCUUUAAGUGAGUGUGUGCACAUAGCAGAGAGAGCAAACUUUAUGAAUGUAUGAUAGAUAUUAGCACAUCACAUUGGGGAGCACAGAAAGAUUUAGUUUAAGCACAUCUCUGUUGCACUGUUCAUACUGAAUGCAUUUUAAUAGUGUCAAAUGACUUGCAGUGCAUACUUUUUUGCCAAAUUAAAAUGGUCUGUUUUACUACA